CGCAUCACAAGGUAGACUAACUACAUACAGCAUUUGUGAUGCCGUGCGUCUCGUCCGGAGUACGCAACGCGCCCUCGUCUGGACAGUUUGUCUGGACUCAGCCGCUCGCCAUGGUGUCGAGCCCUCACGUGGUGUUGCUGCUUUCGGCUAUCGUCGCCUGCUCCUGCUGUCCGUCCGACGACUGGAUCCCCUACACCAACGGCAUGUGCUACCGCGUGGUGCAGAUCUUCGCGCCGUGGUACACAGUGGACAACAUCUGCGACUACGGCACACCGGGCGCCCGGUCGGUCUCCAUCCACGAUCUGUUACAGAACGCCUUCCUGGCCGAGACAGUGGCCAAUGGCACAGCGGCGUGGCUGGGCCUGAGCCGACUCGCCGCCACGUCGCCCUGGCGCUGGUCUGACGGCUCCCAGUACGACUUUGACAACUGGUGGGACGGCCAGCCGCUCGGCGACUGCGCCUUCAUCAACUACGGCAAGGAGGGCGAGUGGGCUGCCAUGGACUGUGACUUCAGCAGCGCCUGGUUCCUCUGUCAGAUCGAGGAACAUCACGGCACAGUGGACGACGCUGCAUCGGUCCGGCGACAAAUGGACCAACUUAGCGGAGGGCAGACGACCAGAAAAAGUCAGACGACCAAAAGUAGAAACUGACGCCAACAAAGGACUGAUUCAGUAGGUCGGGAGCGGAGGCCAUGCAUCUAGCGGAAGAAACCGGACAGUCAAGGAUAAGGCCGGCAAGCAAGGAUAGGAGCGCACGUGAAGCCGGUUUUAAGAGUGUAAAAUUUGUGGAAGUGUAACUUACUGAGCCACGACGGCACCCCUCACGUUGGCUAAAAACAACUGUAAACAAAAGAAUAUGCGGUCUCCGGAAAGAAUAUGCGCUCUCCGAUUCACAAAGUAAUAUAAAAGACGC